AUGAGUUUGUGCAAGACGAAGGUGUACCCCGAGGAGCUGCCCAACACCAGCGUGGUGAUCGUGUUCCACAACGAGGCGUGGAGCACCCUGCUGCGCACCGUGGCCAGCGUCAUUAACCGCUCGCCCCCGCGCCUGCUCCGCGAGAUCAUCCUGGUGGACGACGCCAGCGAGAGAGAGUUCCUGAAGGCCUCCUUGGAGAACUACGUGAGGAGCCUGGAGGUGCCGGUGAGGAUCCUGCGGAUGGAGCAGCGCUCGGGGCUGAUCCGGGCGCGGCUCCGCGGGGCCGCCGCUUCCAAGGGCCAGGUGAUCACCUUCCUGGAUGCCCACUGUGAGUGCACCCUGGGCUGGCUGGAGCCUCUGCUGGCCAGGAUCAAGGAGGACAGGAAAACCGUGGUGUGUCCCAUCAUCGACGUGAUCAGCGACGACACGUUCGAGUACAUGGCAGGGUCCGACAUGACCUACGGGGGCUUCAACUGGAAACUCAACUUCCGCUGGUACCCGGUGCCCCAGAGGGAGAUGGACAGGAGGAAAGGGGACAGGACCCUCCCUGUCAGGACCCCUACUAUGGCUGGUGGCCUAUUUUCUAUUGACAGAAACUACUUUGAAGAGAUAGGAACUUACGAUGCAGGAAUGGAUAUCUGGGGUGGCGAGAAUCUUGAAAUGUCUUUUAGGGUGUGGCAGUGCGGGGGCUCCCUGGAGAUCGUCACCUGCUCCCAUGUGGGCCACGUGUUCCGCAAGGCCACCCCCUACACCUUCCCAGGGGGCACCGGCCACGUCAUCAACAAGAACAACCGCAGGCUGGCCGAGGUGUGGAUGGACGAGUUCAAGGACUUCUUCUACAUCAUCUCCCCUGGUGUGGUGAAGGUGGAUUAUGGAGACGUGUCCGUCAGGAAGGCCCUGAGGGAAAGCCUCAAGUGCAAACCCUUCUCCUGGUACCUGGAGAACAUCUACCCUGACUCCCAGAUCCCGCGGCGCUACUACUCCCUGGGAGAGAUCAGGAACGUUGAAACCAACCAGUGUUUGGACAACAUGGGCCGCAAGGAAAACGAGAAAGUGGGAUUUUUCAACUGCCAUGGAAUGGGAGGAAAUCAGGUGUUUUCCUACACUGCGGACAAGGAGAUCCGCACGGACGACCUGUGCCUGGACGUGUCGCGGCUCAACGGGCCCAUCCUCAUGCUCAAGUGCCACCACAUGAGGGGCAACCAGCUCUGGGAGUACGAUGCCGAGAAGCUCACCCUGAGACACGUGAACAGCAACCAGUGCCUGGCAGAGCCGUCGGAGGAGGACAGGCUGGUGCCCACCAUGCGGGAGUGCGGGGCCGGCCGCUCCCAGCAGUGGCUGCUGCGCAACAUGACCCUGGGGGCCUGAGCUGGGCACGGGCAUCUCCUCCUCCUCCUCCUCCUCCUGCUGCCCUCCUCCUGCCGAGCCCAGCCCUCUCCCAGCCCCACCGGAGCCUCGGCGCUGCAGGUCUCUCUGUUUGGCUGCUCAAAGAAGCUCCUCCCAGCCCGCGAAGGAUAAAGCACGUGCUGGGUCCACACAAACGUGCUCAGAGAUGGUUCCAGAGACACCAGCCUGCAGCAGAAGAGGUGUUGCUGUGUGUCACACACCCCCACGGGGAGGUGGCCCAGUAUAAAAGGCCUUGUGACACCAGCUGGCACUGGGAGCCACCCUGGCCAGUGUGUCCUGAGCUGGGGGUGACGGUGCUGGGCUCCCUUGGCAAGGCCUGGAGGAUGUUUGCUGAUCUCUCGUGCCCAGUGGGAUCUGACAGCACCAAAAUGAGCAGAAAAAGGCACCAGGCAGAGCCAAAGCCUCGUGGUUUGUGCUGGGAAAAAAAUGGGAUCCGGUGUUUGGAAAACUGGGCAAAGGUUGCACUUAAAAAAGGAAUUCUGGCAAAGGAGGCGACAACGGAAGACACGGGAAUGUGGAGAGGAAAGAGGGACACACGUGGUCCUUCAGAGCAGCACAGAGGGAACUGUCCUUUCCAUGGGAAUGGAACUGUCCUUUCCAUAGGAAUGGAACUGUCUUCUCCAUGGGAAUGGAACUGUCCUUUCUAUGGGAAUGGAACUGUCCUCUCCACGGGAAUGAACUGUGCUCUCCAUGGGAACAGAACUGUCCUCUCCAUGGGAAUGGAACUGUCCUCUCCAUGGGAAUGGAACGGGCUGAGGCUGGACCUGGGGCUGCAGGGGGCAGAUGGAAGGACCAAACCUGCCCCUCUGGGACCAGCAGAGCCUGGAGAGCCCCCAGCCCUGGCUGCCCUCCCCCAGCAGUGUCUCCCUGUCCAGGACACAGGCAGAGCUUCAUCCCUGGAUCCCCUGCACGGAGCUGGAUCUGCUCCCAGUUCAGCUCCCA